GCCUCUUCAACCCCUGACUAGUAGAUUACUAGAAACACUAGCCAGCACUAUUACCUAUGAGUAUUACACCAACACGACACAACAACUCAAAUCACUCUCGCUACAAUGCCACAAUUGCUGGAACACCAACCAGCAAGGUUUGAACCUAUUCGCAUAGUCACCCUUGGCAGUUGACCUAGUAUCCCAGCGCCCCAUCUUCUCGAUCUUCGAGAAAACUCCUUUCCUUUCUGCAUGCUUGUUUUUUGAUUCUUUGCGGAGGAUAAACGUGCUGGACCGUCCCUCCUUAACUAGCGUUGCCUCUUUCCGGGUUGACACCUGCAGUUCCAUGGACGGAAACGGUCGGAUCGGCAGGUGAUUCUUCGACAUGCUUUUUCAACAACGGACAAUAGUUUGGUUGGUAGUUAUUGCUGCAUACCUACGGAGUAGUAGUUCAACUACUGCUGCCAGACACGCGACCAGAACGAGACGAGAAGAUUUACCUCAUGUGUAUCCCACCCCAGAACGAGACUGGCGUACCCAGCCAAGUGGUGUCAUCCAUGGUCGACUUUCAAUAGCCGUGCCUAACGCUCUCAUCUCCAACACUAAAAGCCCUGACCCAAACUUACGAAAUGCUGGAGCUCCAUCGGAACCCCCGCCGGUGGUUUGGCUUAGAUAGAGAGGGGAAGGCUGG